GCGUGAGGAUGAUGGGAUAGCCAGCUUGUGUGCAUAAAAACCCCUGGCACUCUUCAGUCGGAUGUCCUGUUGCCUCAAGAGCAUCUCCAAGCCUCCAGCUCUCUAUCUUUCCACAGCGAUAAAGAACAGAACAAGACCAACCAUGAGCCACUCAAUGCAUACCUCCACCUCCUACAGGCGCACCUUUGGAAGCCCAAGCCCAAUCUCCAUGUCCUCUUACUCUAAUGUGUCCUCCCGCAUGCCAGUUUCUGGAGGGCGCUACAUGCGUUCAAUGUCACCUGUGGUUGCAUCCCGCGGCACCACCUACCAACAGCAGCGUUCCCGGUCCAGCACCCAGCCCCCUCGCCUCUCUUACGACAAGGUGGACUUCACCCUGUCCGAAGCCAUCAACCAGGAGUUCCUCACCACCCGAAGCAAUGAGAAGGCCGAGCUGCAGGAGCUCAACGACCGCUUCGCCAGCUUCAUCGAGAAGGUGCGCUACCUGGAGCAGCAGAACGGUGCACUGCAGCAGGAGCUCAACCAGUUCAAGGGGCAACAGCAGCAUGGUCAGCCCAACCGCGCAACCGACAUCUUCCAGGAGGAGCUGAGGGAGCUGCGGCGCCAGAUGGACGGCAUCGGCAAGGAGAGAGACCAGUACCUAAUGGAGAGGGACAACCUUGCUGAGGACCUGGCCCUGAUGAAGCAGAGGUUGGAUGAAGAAACCCAGAAGAGGGCAGAUGCUGAGAAUAACCUGGUGGCCUUCCGCAAGGAUGUGGAUGAUGCCACACUGUCCCGUCUGGAGCUGGAGAGGAAGAUAGAGUCUCUGAUGGAUGAGAUUGAAUUCCUUAAGAAGCUCCAUGAUGAGGAAAUCCAGGAGGUACAAGUGAGUGUCCAGACCCAGCAGCUGAAGAUGGAGGUGGACAGCACUGCCAGGCCUGACCUGACUGGUGCGCUGAGGGACAUCAGGGCCCAGUAUGAGACCAUUGCCCUCAAGAACAUGCAAGAAUCUGAGGAUUGGUACAAGUCCAAGUUUGCUGACCUGACUGAAUCUGCAAAGCGCAGCACUGAUUCUCUGAGGCAGGCCAAGCAGGAGGCCAACGAGUCCAGGAGGCAGAUUCAGUCUCUCAACUGUGAAAUUGAUGCACUAAAGAACACGAACGAAGCUCUGCUGAGGCAGAUGCGUGACAUGGAGGACCAGUUUGGCAAUGAGAUUGGCAACUACCAAGACAACGUGUCCAGGCUGGAGGAUGAGAUCCGCCACCUGAAGGAGGAGAUGGCUCGCCACCUUCGGGAGUACCAGGAUCUCCUCAAUGUCAAAAUGGCUCUAGACAUUGAGAUUGCUACUUACCGUAAACUGCUGGAGGGGGAGGAGAGCAGGAUUACUGUUCCCAUCAUGAAUCUUGGCAUGAGCAACCACUUUGGUGAUCGAGACUAUGAACAGAGCCCUGGCACCCAGACCAAGAAGACUGUGGUGAUUAAGACUGUUGAGACUAGAGAUGGAGAGGUGGUGAAGGAAUCCAGGAGGGAGAAGGAGAGAGACUCUGAUAGAACCGACAAGGAUGACGAGUAAAUAAGGAAAAUUAAAAAUGUGAAGGCCAGAACAACAAGGGGGAACAAAAACAGAAAAAAAAACUCUGAUCUAUAUAGUCCUCAUUCCCACUAGUUAUGUGUUUUAUUGUCUAGCAGACAGUCUCAGUAUAGAUGCGAUGUUGAAUGAAUCCCUUUAGACAGUGUCACUUUGGUGCUAUUUUAGCCUCCCAACUUUUGCUAAACACCUGUGUCACCUGUAGAACUCAGCAAGACCACUUUAUUAACACACCACUUGAGGCCUUGAUUUACAGUGCAAUCCCGUUAAAACCUUAGAAGACCAUGCGUUUGUAGCAGAGUUUUCCACUACAGGCUAAAACAGGUAGUUUAAUUGCAGAAUUUUAGUGGUUUGUGUCGUAGACAUGACUUACUAACAAAACUCUAGACACUGCCCUUCAGCCGACCUACCUUAAAAGACAGACUGAGAACAAAUUAACCUUUUUGCAUUUGUUUUAAAGGCUUCGCUAUCCUCUUAUUGUGCAAACCAACAGAUUUCCAGAGACGCACAGGAAGUGUUGACACUUACAAUAAGACCGUAACCAACUGAAAAGAUUUGCUGAAUGUGCUUUGCAAUGCUGUGUGUACCGGGCACGACUGAUGAAUGAAUAUGUAAGUGCAAAUAAACUUAAUUAG